AUGGCCGAGUCCCACCCCACAUUCCAUCCGGACAAACAUCCCAGCGAUGAGACGGAGCAUCUGCUGCCUCAUGAUCCCCCAGAGGAGAUAAAUACUACCUGGACGGCGCGCAGACGGUCGCAUUCCUGGUGGACCAUCGUCGCCGUCACUCUCCUGGUUUUGACCAUGACUGUCCUCUCGCUAGCCAUUUUCUUCACGCUGGGGCUGGGGGUUGGAGCCGCUCCCCGUCGCCCGCAUGGCAAGACCUCCAGUCCCAUCAAGAAUGUCGUGGUGCUGGUGCAGGAGAACCUGUCGUUUGACAACUACGCUGGCGGUUUGACGUACAACCCCAAUAUCGAUGGGUUGGUUCAUCGCGAGUACUGCAAUCCCGCCAACAUCUCCGACCCGCACUCGGCCAUGGUGUGCGCCCAACCCAUAGCGAAGAAUGUCGCGGCGGAUGACCCAGACCACAGCAUCACGGGCGGAAACCAGCAGGUGUACAGCACGUAUCAUCCCGACUACGAGGCCAACUCCCCCGGCAUGCAGGGCUUCAUCGCCGAGCAGAUCGCCGCCUACGGGAUCAUGGGGGACCUGUCCCGGGCCGCCGAGGUGAUCAACUACUACACCCCAGAGCACGUCCCCGUCUUCAACGCCAUGGCGCAGAACUUUGUGCUUUUCGACCGCUGGUUCGCCGCGGUCCCCGGACCCACGAACCCCAACCGGGCCUAUCUCACCUCGGGCACGUCGCACGGCCAUGGCACCAACGACGGCGACUUCUUGACCUCGUCGCUGCCCCAGCGCUCCAUCUUCGAGCAGCUGUCGGCGAACGGCAUCAGCUGGAUCAACUACUCCAACACGACCGACUUCCUGCCCGAUGCGCUCUUCUACAGCUGGACGGCCAAGUCCGGCCUGGGCGAGACCAACGUUCGCCCCGUUGACCAGUUCUACCGGGAUGCCCAGGCCGGCGCCCUGCCGCAGUUCACCUGGAUCAACCCAGAAUGCUGCUCGUACAUGUCCUUCCACCCGCCGUCCCCGAUCAACAUGGGCGAGGGAUGGAUCAAGAGCGUCUACGAGGCCCUGCGCAGCUCCCCGCAGUGGAACGAAACGCUCUUCGUCCUCACCUUCGACGAGCACGGUGGGUUCGCGGACCACGUCUCGCCGCCGGAAAAUGUGCCUCCCGGCGAUGACUUGACCUACACGGAGACGGCGCGCGACGGCAAGGCGUCCACGUUCGCCUUUGACCGGUUGGGGAUCCGGGUCCCGACAGUCCUGAUGUCCCCGUGGGUCGGCAAGGGUGUGGUACAGAACAAACCGAGCGGCCAGCCGGGCGAGUUCACCCAUACUUCGAUCCUGAAGUACGUUGCCGACCUGUGGGGGUUGGAGUACCUGUCGCCGCGUGUAGAAUGGUCCGCCAGUUUUGAGGAUCUCAUCACUGACACGUUCCGCGAUGACACGCCUGAGCGGCUGCCUGAGCCAGCUGAUUUCUAG